AAUUCCUUAGAUCGAACACCAGCUGGAAUUUAGUUCUAUACACAUUCGUCAACAUUAGCAAUAUCACUGCCUUUGAGUUGACUUUUGACCAUUUUACCACAUCCUACAGCCGUGCCAAUGAGUAAAGCAAAUCCGCUGCGGCCCGGUGAGGGAAAACGAACUGUUAGUUUAGAGACUGUCGCGUCACAACAGCAAGUGGAAGAACAUAAACUUCGUGGCAAACGCGAGGCUUACAUGAAGAGGCAUGAGCUGUAUGUAAAAUCUAUGUACGGGAACGUUAUAGAGAAGGAGCAAGUCCGGCAAAAACAAAGGGCGUUACUUCAGGAGCAGAUUGCAGAACAAGACAACAAACAUCGACAAUACCUAGACGACCGGUACAAAGAAAGUAAUUUUGCCAUUCACUACGAUGAGGCGUGUAGACGUCAAGAUGCGGAGGAUAGGAACAACAGAAAGGCGUAUCUACAGAAAUUCAGAGAUGAAAACAAAAGGCUAAUGGAGACCAGAGCUGAACAGUUAAGGAGAGAAAGAGAGGCACAACAUCAGCGAGAACGGGAACUACUAGCUCUUAGUCCAAUUAACUGGACAAAGACCCUGCACUAAAGACAUCCAUGAGCAUGGUGCUUGACAAAGGAUAAAGUCUAAGUGACUUGACUUAUGCUGCUAUCUGCAAGGGAUGUAGAUCACGAGGUUGUUGUAGCAUCAACAAGUUUAAAAGGAUCUCUUUAAACACAUAAUUUAUUAUUAAAAGAUAGAGAAUGCUGUGUAAGCAUACCAUUUUCUCAAAACAAAGAGUGUUAGUAAAGUUGAUGGGUUUUUGGUGUUUUUGUAUUUUGUUUUUAUAUUAUGAGAACAAGUUUGGGAAAAAUAAGACCAAUACCUAUUUAUUAGAAAAUGCUGUCAGUAGAUACUAUUUUUACUCUAACACCAACUGCACACGUACUAACCAGAUAACUAAAGAGUGUUUAUUUGAUAAUGAAGUGAGGUAUUUAGUUUUGUAUUUUAGUACAUCAUUAUAAAAGUCUGCUGUUUGUACACAAAAAAUUGGAAAAUAAAUGCAAGUUAAAGAA